CAAUCAGACAAACAGUACUAGUACACCCUGUGAAGAAACCGAUUUGCAAGACUUGAUGCCUUACUACGUCAUCUUUAGCUUCUUGACUCUCGCGGGAAUUGUCGGAAACGCACUGAUCAUCGCCGUUCUUCGGGAACACGAGAAAGCCCGAACGACGGCGGAAAUCUACAUCAUGAACAUGGCGACUACGGAUAUGCUGAUGCUGUCCAUGGUGCCGCUUCUGGUCACCCGUAACAUCAUGGACUAUGAGUGGAUCUUUGGCGACUUCAUGUGCCGUGUGUACUAUCUUAUCGGUGGUUUGAACAUGUUUAACACGGUUUUCAUUCUCACGGCUAUGAGCGUAGACCGAUACUUCUGUGUCUCGCGACCUCUGCGCUCUCUCGACUGGAAAACCACCAGAACUGCAAAAAUCGUCUGCGCGUUGCUAUGGGCGGUUGCCACGGUGAUAGACCUACCCUGGGUGAUAUGGGCCGACAUCAUUCCUGAUUGCGCCGGAACUCCCAUGUGCCUCUAUGAUUUCCCAGAAUACAACAAAGAUGAACAUUUCUGGGAGCGCCUGACGGAGAUAGGGGUCCUUCUGUUAUCGUUUGUGAUCCCGAUUAUCCUGAUCACGGGAACCCAUAUUGGAAUUUGGUGGCACAUUCGGAACCCAGCCGCCGGAUUGGACCGAACACAACGGUCACAGGAGAAGGUCACCAGGAUGGUCUUCGCCGUCGUUGUCGUCUUCGUCAUCUGUUGGCUGCCGAAGAACCUCGCGUACCUCGCCGAGCGAUUUGAUUGGUUCCGAACCCCGAUCGGAUUCGAAUUCAGCAUCGGGUUUGAGAUGCUCAUGAUCGCCAACAGCGCCAUCAACCCCUAUCUGUACACCAUAUUUGGGCAACACUUCCAGCGGAGGCUCAUGGGAAUAUUUUUCCCGGCAAAACACCGACGAAGCAUGGUGUCUCGUACUAAUAGCCAUCACCAUACGAUCAUUAUGAGAAGCAGGGUCAGUACGCCCACUGGCGAUCGGCGUCGGCAUGACAGCGCCCCUAACCACCGGUGUCUGGAUGUAGAGGUGCACGUGGAGAAGAAGGAAGACCGCAGCCUCUCAACGCCGGAGGAAGAGGCAAACACAAGCGGACAUACUCGUGUAGAGGACACUCAUCUCUGA